AUGAACAGCAAUUGGGAAGAACCUUCAGUAGCGACGGUUAAAGAACAGAUCUACAAGCACAUGGAAAGCGAAAGAGAGGAGGAAUGGAAGCACUGGAAUUCGUGGAUGCCUGCAAAAAUAAAUUACUUCAUAUGGAGGGUGGGUAUUGAAAGAAUCCCGGUGAAAACCGAAUUGCGGAAAAGAGGAAUCGGACUGGAUGAUUACCUUUGCCCUAGGUGUAGAUCAGAGGAAAAAACAGUGAACCAUGUCAUUAGCGAGUGUGUGGAAUCGGUAAUAGUGUGGAGACAAAUCAUCGAUUGGCUGAAACUACCUUCGGUGGCGGACACCAGCAGUUGUGAGAAGGCUCUAACAUAUGCGGAUGGGCUAAAGGGGUCUAUAUUGUGGAGGAAAACGGUGAAAAUGGAAAUGCAAGCAACUAUGUGGCACUUAUGGAAAGCUAGAAACGGCAAAGAGUUUAAAGGCAUAGCAAGGACAGGAGAAAGUAUAGUCGAGGAGAUCAAGGCCGACACGUUUUUGUGGUUGAAAAGUAGAUCGAAAGUGAAAGAUAUAGUUUGGGAAAGGUGGGAGGACUUCAACAUAAGGGACAUUAUAAAAUAG